AUGCUCCGACGCUCUGUCAUUGGAAACACCGAUGCAGCAGCCCCCCGACGCGUGUCCAUGCCCGAGACCACCACCAUAGGUGGCUUCUGGGAUCACGACAGCGAACAGGACUGCAUUCGCCACGUGCGAGAUGGCCGGGUGGAGCGUCGCGAGCGCCGCUGCGCUAUGCGAGACAUCAUCACAAAGGUCGAAGCUAGGCACCGACGGGCUACCUCCCAGGCCAAGAGCGAAAUUGCCAAGCUGCAGGCCCAGCUCGACGAACGAGACCGCGAAAUCUAUGAGCUCAAUAACGCUACCAUUAUCAUUGAUACGGAGCGCAUCUGGGAGCUGGAAAGUCAAGUUGACUCUCUGAGGAGGGAUCUUGAAAAGGCCCAGAAGCAGCAGCAACAGCAGCAGCAGCAGCAGCCGUCAUGGCACAACGACAUCGACGAGGCAACCUGGUUCAAUGACACGACGGACAUCAUUGUCAGCACACCGUCGCGCAGGGCGAGAGAGUCGUUCCCCACGCCACCGGCUACGAGUCCCGUGAUGUUGGCCAUCCCCGAAACACCGUCUACCGGUGCUUCUCGCCUACGGCACGUUCGCGCACUGGAGCUCGAAUCUCUACAACGCGAGAUGGGCCGCCUCGCAGCCACCCUGGAUGAAUACAAACAAAUGAUGGACCGUCUGGGCCGGCACAUGCCCCAGACGGAAGAUCUCCCCGACGCCGACGCAUCGCCCACGGCCGCCUUCGAGAAGCAAGUUGUCGAGCUCGUGCAGAGCAUAGGCGAGAAGAACGCCCUGCUCACAGACAUGACCACGGCCGUGUCGUCACUCGGCUUCGCCGGAGCUGACGCAUCCGAAAUGUUGCGGACCAUAUCUCUCGGGUUCCGCCAGGCCAGGCUGGAGCUAGAGUACCUCAGCCCGGGCGAGUGCUCCCUCCCCUUGAGUCACCACGGCGCCAAGGUUCUGGACCUGGCGCUCGCCCAGCUGCGCGACCUGGCCCGCAAGGUCCAGGAGAAGGAGGAUGCUAUCGACGAGUACCAUGCCGAGGAGCUGAGUCUGCGGCGCCAGCUGAAUGACCGUGUGUCAUUUGCCGAGAGGCUGAAGGGCGACCUGGAUAAGGCCACUGGGCUUAUUGGCGAGAAGGACUCGCAGAUCCACCAGCUCGAGAUUGGAAGUGACCGUCUCAAGGGGGCUGUCGACAGUUAUCUGCGUGACAUCUCCGAGCUAGAGCGUCUGGUCGAGAAGAUGGAGGCAGAGGCACUCCGCACCAAGAACAGCGCUUCCAAGGACGCCUCAGUGCAAACCCCCUCUUCGGAACAGCAAGAGCAAAAGCAGAACGCCCUCAUCAUGGACCUUGAACAGCGCGUCGCCGACGCUACAAAGAGCGCCUCUGAGCUGCGCGAUGAGCUCGACGUUGUCAAAUCCUCGCGCAAGAAGCAGCUCGCCGACGUCAACAAGCGCAACGGGCAGGCCCUGGCCCUACGCGACGCCCGCAUCGGUGAACUCCGCAGCGAGAUUGGCCGCAUCAACACGGCCCUGAGCAGCGCCCACUGGGAGAUUCACCGCCUCCGUGCCGAGAGCCACGCCGUGCGCGAGGAGAACUCGGAUCUCCGAACUGUUCUGGAGAACGUCAGGGCUCAGCUGGAUCAGGUCAAAGCUAUGAACCGGGAGCUGGCCGGUGCCAAGAAGGAGGGACGAGGUGCGGAGCAUGGACAUGAGCAGCAGCCGAAACGGCUCUUGUCGGGGAAGUUGGCGAGGAGGAGUAGCAGGAGGAGACCCGACUCCGGUGUUGGGUUGAUAGAUGAGGACGAGGCUGAGAUGUGA